GGGAGGAGGAGGAGGAGGAGGGAGGGUGAUAUUUUCCAUAAAGGCUUUUUCUCUCUUUCUUUCUGCCCUUGAGCAUCCCGGGUAAACCCGAGCUUGUAAAGUGGGAAGAGGAGGAGGAGAAGGGGGGACGAAGGGCGGGCACGAGCUUUUCCUCAAACUCAAUAUUUUAUACUUUUUGAUACUCCUUGACGCCGAAUCCCGGUCCUCUUUUCCGAGCCGUUUCUCCAGAUCUAGGACACCGAUCUGCCGUGCGCAGCCAUCCACGGCGCGAUAAAAAGUAUCCGGCAGACGGCAAAAACACAAACAGCGAGCCGGGCAGGCUGCUGGAACGGGAGUACAGUGGAGGACCGCAGCGGGGAGCGAGUACAGUGGACGGCCGGAGGACAACCGGAAAAGCAUCAAAAACGUCAAAUGGAUAUACCUGAAGACGCAGCCACUUCGCCUUCAUCCUCCCCAACUAGCUCCACUGAUUACCGGCAGGACGGCCCUCUCUGAGACAUGGACCCGGCGUGAACAUCUACCCACCUAACUCCCUGCACCACUAUGGUUAAAGUGUAUGCCGAGAUUAAUCUCUGUAACAUCACCCGUCUCUCCACCCACCGCCCCUCAUCCUCAGGAAAUCAGCCGUCGAAACAGCAAAGUGUCCCUCUCUCGGCUCUCUGGGGGCCGUCAAUAUUUGUCAAGAGACACUGACUGACUGACUGAAAAGCGCUCUCCUUUCAUUUGAGGAUUUAAAAGCCCGGGGGCGAGUUGCGUCAGGACUGUAUGAUGGCACCCAUAUCUACUAUCUACUUAUGAUCACCGCUCCAUGCGCUUCACCUCUCCUCUGAGCUCCGUGUCCCCCUCACCCUGUGCCGGACCCCGCUCCAGACACCCUCCCAGCCUGCCAUGCUCCUCCAGGCCGCGCUGCUGCUGCUGCUGCACUGCUUGGCCUCCACGCUGGGCCAGUACGAACUGUGCAAGUCCCUGGUGAGCACGGACGAGGGAUCGGUGUGGGAGCAUUACGCGUGCCAGCCGAAGCCCGCGUCCAUGAAAGACCACAUGCGGAUCAAGGUGGAUCCGCCCGGAAUCACAUGUGGAAACCCACCGGAGAGGUUCUGCACUCUGGAAAACCCAUACUUGUGUAGUGACGAGUGCGAUGCCUCCAACCCAGACCUGGCCCACCCACCUCAGCUGAUGCAGGACCGCGAACGCAACGGCCUAAUCACCUACUGGCAGACAGUCACCUGGAGACGCCAUCCAGAGCCCCUUCUGGCCAACAUCAGUUUGUCCUGGAACAAGAGUCUGGAGCUCACAGACGACAUCCAGAUCACCUUCGAAUAUGGCCGCCCCACCGUCAUGGUACUAGACAAGUCCAUGGACAACGGGCGCUCCUGGCAGCCCUACCAGUUCUACGCCGACGACUGCCUGGACGCCUUCAACAUGCAGCCCAAGCGGGUGAACGACCUGUCGCCCGCCAACAUCACCAGGGUCAUCUGCACCGAGCAAUACUCGCGCUGGGUCGGCUCCAAAAACGACAAGAAUGUGAAGUUCGAGGUGCGGGAGCGCUUCGCCGUGUUCGCCGGACCCCGGCUACAGAACAUGGACGGCCUGUACACCCGCAUGGAAAGUAUGAAGGGACUGAGGGACUUCUUCACCUUCACCAACCUUAGAUUGAGGCUGCUCAGGCCAGCCCUCGGAGGCACGUACGUCCAGAGGGACAACCUACUCAAGUACUUCUAUGCCAUCUCAAACAUCGAUGUACCUGCCAGGUGUAAGUGUAACCUCCAUGCCUCCCAGUGCCUGCUGACUGACGGGAACCUCCAGUGCCAGUGUGAACACAACACCACUGGCCAGGACUGCCAGCGCUGCAAGAAGGGCUUCAAAGCCAAGUCCUGGAAAGCAGGGUCCUACCUGCCAGCACCGAACGGAACCCCCAACACCUGUACGAUUGCUGGUUCGCCCUCCGGCUCCAACUGUGAGUGCUACGGCCACUCCAACCGCUGCAGCUACAUCGAGUACCUGAACAUCAUCACAUGCGUCAGCUGUAAGCACAACACCAGGGGCCAGAACUGCCAACUCUGCAGACUGGGAUACUUCCGCAACGCCUCUGCCGAACUGGAUGAUGAGAGCGUCUGCAUCGAGUGUAACUGCAACCAGAUGGGCUCUGUUCAUGACCGGUGUAACGACACAGGCUACUGUCAGUGCAAAGAUGGCGCCACGGGGGCCAAAUGUGACGACUGUCUGCCAGGAUUCUACUUUAAACAAGGCUGUUACCCUAACGUUUGCGACGAGGAGAUGCUCCUGUGCCAGAACGGAGGAACGUGCUACCAGAACCAGAAGUGCAUCUGUCCUCCGGAGUUUAAGGGCGUACUGUGCCAACAAUCUCGCUGCGAGGCGGGCAAGGACUGCAACGGCGCCUCCACGCCGCACCUUUCCACGGCCACCCUGCUGCUCUGCUCUCUGCUAACCUACCUGCUGGCCACGUUAAUUCCACACUGAGCCACAAAAAUACCCCCUCGGACCAAGGAGUGUGUGUACAUGUGUGUGUGUCAUGGGAGGCGAAGGGUGAACCGGAGCGGGGGAGGGCCGUCCCAGUCAUGGACCCGACAAAAACGCACACUGCAGCACACUCCUAUACGCGCGCGCACACACGCUCACAGAACACUACCUAAACCCCCAUCCUCCUCUCAAACACACAUACACAAACUUCACGGGACUGUUAUAAUCCUGAGCGUGUACUCAGGUGCGAGAAGGACAAACAGAUUAACAAAGAGGGGAGCGACCUCAGAGAGAAGAGUGGAGUCUAAAUGGGAGGGGGGGGAAGAAUCAUACCAACCACUGUUCCCUUUAUUCCUGAGCUGGAGCAAUGUGCAUCAAACCAAAAAGCAUAAACACUUAAAUCACCACUGUUUCACUUCAAAGGGAAUGGCUGUUGUACACACGAUGGACAUUUUAUUUCUGUUUAUUUUUUCGUUUCUCGGUUGAGUCGAGCGUCUCACCUCCGUCAGACUGGCGACGCGCGCGUGGUCGGACGCGCGGACGCGAGGCGAGGCGAGGGGUUCGGUGGAUCCUGCUGCUGAGGCCUACGUAUUAUAUUAACCAGGUUUAAUUUUUCUCCUCAAAAGACGAGACUUUAUUUUACAUUUAUUCUAUUUCUGCUGCAUUUUUUUUUUAAACGAAUUAUAUCUUCAGUCAUUGUAUCUAAUGUGCCCACUAGCAGUCGCUGAGAUUAUACAUAUUAUAUAAUAUCCAGGGGGUUAUGAACUACUUAAAAAAAAAAAAAAAAAAAAAUUAAAAAAAAAAAUUAGUCACUAUUAUGGUUGUUAUAGGAAUGAGUGAUUGUUGCCACACUUAGCGAGAUUUAAUCUUCACACAGUAUUCAGGAAGCAGAAUUUAACUAAUCAGAAGUUUAAAAAGAGAGAGAAAAGAUAUGAACCACGUAUCAAUAUUAUAUGACAUUAUUUGAAUAUUUUUUGUAGAAAUUAUUUUUGUUUGGAGUUACAAUAAAUGAUAAAAAAUGACAUUUACAACUAUUCCAAAUGAGCAUUUUAUUACACUGAGUGUAAACCUUGCAGUAAAUAUGACUGUUAUUUGCC